CUCCUUAACAACAAAAACAUGCUGUUCUGCCACUCGCAGCCCGAAUCGUACCACCAGAAUUCGGCUAAUUACAUGCGAGAGGCCUUGGCGCCUUUCCUGAAGAGUGAGGAGGCGCGACACAUGGCAGAUAGUGGUGCCAAAAAGACCCCGUUCCAAUAUGUUCUGUGUGCAGCCACAUCACCGGCUGUGAAACAGCAAGAGGAGACCCUUACCUAUCUCAAUCAAGGUCAGUCCUACGAAAUCCGUAUGCUUAACAGAAAACUAGUGGAGUAUACAGAUAUAAGCAGCAAAUAUGUAAAGAGCAGCGUGCGUGUGGUAUUCCAUGAUCGUCGGCUGCAGUACAUGGAGCACCAGCAGCUUGAGGGGUGGAGGUGGAACAGACCUGGAGACCGAAUCCUAGAUAUCGACAUCCCCUUGUCGGUGGGGAUUGCGGAGCCUCGCACUCAUCCUACGCAGCUCAACACAAUUGAAUUCCUCUGGGAUCCAGACAGGAACGCUUCCGUCUUCAUUCAGGUCAACUGCAUCAGCACUGAAUUCACCCCAAGGAAGCAUGGUGGGGAGAAGGGUGUGCCAUUCCGUAUCCAGGUCGACACUUUCACCCAGAAUGAACAUGGGGAAUACCUGGAGCAUGUGCAUUCCUCUAGCUGCCAAGUCAAAGUCUUUAAGCCAAAGGGGGCUGACCGCAAAUUGAAGACAGACAGGGAAAAGAUUGAUAAAAAGACCCUUCAAGACAGAGAGAAGUAUCAACCAUCCCAUGACACCACCAUGCUUACAGAGUGUUCACCUUGGCCUGAUGCCCUUAAUCUCAGCAGCAAUUGCAGCACUCCGUCUCCAGUCUACCACAACUCACCAACCUCCUGUAGUUUCACAGAAGGCAACUGUUCUCCACACCAGCAGGGGGAGCUGCUCAUGCCCGGCUACUCUGAUCACCUUCUGCCAUCAUCGUCGCCACAGGACACUCAGCAAUGGCUGCACCGUCACAGGUUCUCACCUUUCACAAGGCUCCUCUCCUCCUUCUCAGGUGCUGAUCUGCUUAAGAUGAGUAGAGAUGACCUGAUCCAAAUAUGUGGCCCAGCAGAUGGCAUUCGCCUCUUCAAUACCAUCAAGGGAAGGUGUGUACGGCCGAGCCUCACCAUCUACGUGUCCCAACAGCAGAGCAAGAACCAUCCUACCAUCAAGCCCGGGGGCAGAGAAGUCUACCACGCCCUGUACCUGGAGGAGCUCACGCUGUUGGGCCUGUCUGAGAAGAUCUCUAUGCUGUACAGCGUCACUCCCCAGCAGAUUACUCACAUCUACAGACAAGGACCAACUGGGAUCCACAUCCUGGUCUCUGACGAGAUGGUGCAGAACUUCAGCGAAGAAACAAGCUUCAUUAUCAGCACUAUAAGAGAUGAAAAUACGGAUGGCUAUCAUGUUGUUUUGAAAUGACAAGCAGCCUUAGUGGUGGUUAAUCAGAAGCAGCAAAAAGUGCCUGAGUGUCACCGUCUGGAUGAUUCGAGGUGUGUAGCAUCAGCAAAAUUGUAUAGAUUGUUUAAUAUGGUUUUCCCUGCAUUACCUAAUGUGUGAUUCACCGAGGCUUGCAGUAAAGAAAAGGGCUCUUGAGCUUUUUGUUUACUGCUGGUCUUUUGGUUUGUUUAUUUUUCUUUAUUUUCUCCCUUUAUUUGUAUUUUUACUAAGUUAUUGCAGAGUAAUUAGUUGUAACCAUUAGUCUGACUGCACUAUAUUACUCCUCUUUAUUUCAGUUUCUUGCUCAGAGAUCCUUAAGAGAAAUUAUGGAUUAUUAAUAAGGAGAAAAAAAUGACAUGUUUAUAUAAGAUAAAAUAAAUUAUAUCUUAGUUUUAUUCAUCAGGCUAGCAACUUGUGUUAAAAAAAGCCAACCCUUGCAAGUUAUGGUGGACAUAAAGAAAUGUUAUGUGAACAAAUGUUAUGUUAGUUGAAUGGAAUGUCAGUAUGACCCUGUCCUCCCAUUCCUCAAUUUAUCCAUUCAUCCAGUUUUCAUGUGAUUUAACUGAAGCUGUACAUUAGAGCGGAAAUCUGUGAUUUCCCCUAUCUGUUCCUCCGUCUGGUAAGAAGAAUCUCAGCUGCCAUUGUUGCUUGUCUUACGUCAACUCACCUGUAAACGGUUUCCAGUCUGGUAAAAAUGGCAUCCUCGCACCAAAGUUGGGCGGCACGGUGGUCCAGCGGUUAGUGCUGAAAUAAUAAACAGCAAGAAGGUCCUGGGUUCGAACCCCGGGGUUGUCCAAGUUUGGAGGUCAUCCCAGGUCAUCCUCUGUGUUGGUUUGCAUGUUCUCCCCAUGUGUGCAGUGGGUUUCCCCGGGUGCUCCGGUUUCCCCCACCAUAAAAAAAAGACAUGCAUGUUAGUGUUAAUACUCCAGUCUGUUUUUUGUUUUUGGUACUAUUUCAUUAUCCUAGGAUACUAGCUAACUCGGGUACAUUUACAUUUGUUUUGAAUGUUGAUUAAUGUACAUUGUCCCUUCCCAAAUAAAUAAUAACCUAAACCUGUACCCCUGACUGAGGCAUGGCAAGAUAAACUGGAGUUGGUCCCCGGGUACAGCACGCCGCCCACUGCUCCUAGCUACACAGCUAGGAUGGGUUAAAUGCAGAGCAAGAACUGCCCCACGGGGAUUAACAAAGUAAUAAUAAUUUAAACAAAAAGUUAACACAGGCAAUCUAAUGUAUUGCAAACUACAUCAAACUAUAUUUGAACUCUGUUCUGCUGUAAUAUUGAUCAUAAAAUUGGUGAAUGACCCGUCCAACAGAAGCAUCGACACACAUUUCCAUCCUUUUUCCUGCUUGGAUGGGAAUGUGUUUGCCACUGCACAAACUUUGUUUGUUCGUCUUGUGCAAACAAAAUUUUCGACAGCAGUAUAUGGAGAGUGUCUCUAGUCAUGUCAAGGAUGCCAGUUUUUAUUAUAUAACCUGACUCCAUGGUUUAGAUGGAUAAAGUAAUAUUAUUAAUAGAGAAAAAUCCCACAUUUCAGUGUUAAAAGAUUGCCCUGCACAUAUGAACAUGCAUAGUUUUCUUGUUAUUGUAAUGUUUAAAUAGUUUUUUUUGUUUGUUUGUUUUUGUUUAAUCAAUUCAGUUUAAGUAAGUAUUCAGCUAUGCUUUAAUUGAUGGCAAAAUAAUAUUGCUUUUCCAACUGCCAAAACAAUGAUAGUCAA